AUGCCGUACGAAGGGAACACAAUUGAGCCACCAACUCGUAACUAUAGCCGAUGGCGUGUGGGUUCUUUGGUUCUGGGGGGAAGCCAGACACAUAUCAACGGCCACGAGGCCCAGGCAGCCUGUCAUUGGUGGAGGCACCAGGGAACAUGGCACUUUGAGCUGCAGAAUCCGAGAGACAAAGAUAGGCAGACAAAAAGAGAGAGAGAGAGAGAGAGUUCAGCGGUGGAGAUCGCCAGCCAGCGAUGGGGCUGGGCAUCCAGCGGAAAAGAGGCUGGUGCUCGCUCAGCUCUGGUGGUGGCCCUGCAUGGCGGAGCCUUGGCGCAAUCCGUCACCGCUGGCCGCUGCGAUGCUGCAGUUGCGCUGGGCCAUGACCAGUCGAUGUCCCCAAUGGCGCGGCGAACUCGGCCUGCAUAUCGCGGACCGUGGGGGCCUGCUGCAAUUGACCGGCGACGGGGUCUCAGAAUGUGA